CAACAAGAAAAACAAAGAAGAUUACUCGUUAAAACUGCAAUUGCAAACUUUAAUACCCAUCCAAAGAAAGGUGUCGAGUUUAUUGUCUCUAAUGGUCUCUCUGAAAAAACACCAAAAGAUAUUGCUCAUUUCCUUUUAACUCAUCCAGAACUUUCAAAACAAGCAAUUGGUGAAUAUUUAGGUGAUGGUGAUGAUUUUAACCUUCAAGUUCUUCAUUCUUUUGUCGAUCAAUUGGAUUUUGCUGGAUUAGACUUUGAUAUUGCCCUUCGUAAAUUCUUGAUGCAUUUCAGAUUGCCAGGUGAAGCUCAAAAGAUUGAUAGAAUGAUGGAGAAGUUUGCUCAACAAUUUUUCAAUCACAACCCAGAUAAUAAAGUAUUUGUAAAUAGUGAAGCAGUUUAUGUUUUAGCUUUCUCUGUUAUCAUGUUAAAUACCGAUGCCCAUAAUCCAAACAUUAAAAAGAAGAUGACCAAACAAGAGUUUCUUCGUAAUAAUAGUGGUAUUAAUAAUGGUGACGAUUUACCAGCCGACUUUAUGGAAUCAGUUUACGAUAAAAUUGUUACAAACGAAAUUAAAAUGGAACGUGAUGGUUCAUCCAAUCAACAUGUCGAAAAGAAAGGUUGGCUCACUAAACAAGGUGGUAGAAUUAAAACUUGGAAGAAACGUUGGUUCAUAUUGACAGCAAAUUGUUUACUUUAUUAUAAGACACCUCAAGAUCAAGAACCAUGUGGUAUUAUUCCUUUGGAGAAUGUUGUUGUAACAGUGGUUCUACAAAAGAAGUUUUGUUUUAUGCUUCAUUCCUCACAAGAGCAAAUGAAAGCUUGUAAAUUAAAUUCUGAUGGUACAUUGGUUCAAGCCAAUCAUGCCGCUUACUUUAUCUCUGCUGCUAAUAUGGCUGAAAUGGAAAGUUGGGUACAAUCAAUCAAAAGUAAUAUACAUAGUAAUCCAAAUUUUGAACAACUUCAUAAGAAAAAA